ACUCCUAUGAGAAAAGACGGGAGAGAGAGAGAGAGAGAGAGAGGGGGAGAGGGAGGAAAGAAAAAGCAGGUUAUUUAUAACGCCAGGCAGCAUUAGGGUCUCUCCAGUCUCUCCUGCAAACUGGCUGCUGCUGGGAGGUCACUCCCCAAAAACCCUGGCGAGCCCGUGACCUGCAAGCACAAUAUUUGCUCUGGGAUCUGGGGCGGGCACCAGGCUCUGCGGCUCGGGAUUCACUCCAUGCUGCUUGACACACGGGCGAGCCCGGAGCAGCACAGCCAGGCUUUGGAGAGGAGGAUCUCACCUUGGUCCCUCCGGCGCCAUGUGUUGGGUCACCAUCACCAUCCUCACCGUGGCCGGGCUCUGCGGGGCCUCGCUGGGCCAGUACAAUGAGGAGGAGGACCUGGCCUGGCUGCAGUACUACCUGAGGCAGUCCCGCGUGGCCUCCUACAACUACGUGCCCUACUACGAGGACGAGAGCCCCCCGUACGUGUACUCCUACCCCGCAGCUCCCGACACGGAGCCGGAGCCCGGCCCGGAGCCCCAGCAGGCCCCUUCCUGGCAGUGCCCCCAGGAGUGUGACUGUCCCCCCAACUUCUCCUCGGCCAUGUACUGCGACACCCGCAACCUGAGGUACCUGCCCUUCGUGCCCUCCCGCAUGAAGUACGUCUACUUCCAGAACAACAUCAUCACCUCCAUCCAGGAGGGCGCCUUUGACAACGCCACGGAGCUGGAGUGGCUGGCGCUGCACAACAACCAGAUCAGCAGCGACAGGAUGGGCAAGAAGGUCUUCGGGAAGCUCAAGAACCUGGAGAGGCUGUACAUGAACAACAACAACCUGACCAAGCUGCCCAGCCCCCUGCCCCGCUCCCUGAGAGAGCUCCACCUGUCUUACAACCAGAUCUCCAAGCUGCCCUCCAACGCUCUGGAGGGUCUGGAGAACCUCACGGCCCUGUACCUCAGCCACAACUUCAUUUUUGAGAUGGGGGCUUCCCUCAAAGGGCUCAAGUCUUUGAUCCUUGCUGAUCUGAGCUACAACCACCUCAGAAAAGUCCCUGACGGACUCCCGGUGUCCUUGGAACAGCUUUACCUCGAGUACAACUACAUCAACGCCAUCCCUGAUGACUAUUUCCAGGUGUCUCCCAGGCUGCUCUAUGUCCGGAUGUCCCACAACAGCCUGACAAACCAAGGCCUCUCCUCCAACACGUUCAACAGCAGCAGCAUCCUCGAGCUGGACCUGUCCUACAACCGGCUCCAGAAGAUCCCCCGGGUCAACACCAACCUGGAGAACCUCUACCUGCAGGGGAACCAGAUCAAUGAGUUCUCCAUCAGCAGUUUCUGCUCCGUGGUGGACGUCAUGAACUACUCCCGGCUCCAGGUCCUGCGGCUCGACGGGAACGAGAUCAAGCGGAACGCGGUGCCCCCCGACGCCCCCCUGUGCCUGCGCCGGGCCACCGUCAUCGAGAUCUGACCCGGCCCCUCCCACCCUCAGGACUUGGCUCCCCCGACCCUGGGGAGACCCUCACCCCGUUCCAGUGCAGCUUCUCAGCCUGACUCGGCUUCGCAGUAGUGCAAUCAGGGGGCUCCGGCAGCC